UAGAAUCAACACAUUUUUCAUUCAUAAAUUAUAAGUCAUCAUUCAUUCUUAAGUUAAAUUAUUGUUAAAAAAUUCAAGAGGAACCACGGGAAACUUAAUAUGUCCUUGAAUAAUUGUUGAAUGUCAUUACACAAAAAUACAGGAGACGGUUCAGGACUGUUAAACGAUGACGACACGAUUAUUUCGCGCGCAUGGAGAAUUCUGUGCAACACAUCCCUGGGAAGUUAUUGUAGCCACACUUACCCUUGCAGCAUGCAUGUUGACAGUGGAUCAACAACAUCCGGCACCACCCCCAAAACCCACCCUCAGAUACUGUGCGGAGUGUCUGCAAGAGGCUGAAUAUAACGCGGCUGACGUGAUUGUGAUGACAUUAAUACGUUGCCUGGCCGUCUUGUACUGUUAUUAUCAAUUUUGUAAUUUGGAAAAGUUAGGAUCGAAAUAUAUUUUGGGAAUAGCCGGUUUAUUCACCGUUUUUUCGAGUUUCGUUUUUACAUCGACUGUCCUGAAUCUAUUGUGGAUCGAUGUAUCAGAUUUAAAGGAUGCACUGUUUUUCUUUCUUCUCCUGAUCGAUUUAUCGAAAGCGGCGAUGUUGGCUCAGUCUGCUUUAAGCGCUUCGAACCAAGAAGAAGUUAAAAGCAACAUUGCACGAGGUAUGGCCGUUUUGGGACCAACAAUUACUUUAGAUACAAUCGUGGAAACUCUAGUCAUCGGCGUUGGAACCCUCUCAGGUGUUCAUCGCCUUGAAAUGCUUUCAUAUUUCGCAUGCCUUUCAGUUUUAGUUAAUUAUAUAGUUUUUAUGACAUUUUAUCCGGCCUGCUUAUCAUUAAUAUUAGAGUUGUCGCGAACAACAAAUAUUUAUGGUAAUAAGCAGUCCUUAAUCGCGCGGGCUUUAAAGGAGGAAGAUCACAAAUCAAACCCUGUGGUCCAAAGGGUGAAAUUGAUAAUGUCAGCGGGGCUGAUGUUAGUACAUGCUCGCAGUCGGUGGCCCUUUAAAGAUGAUGACGUGGAAAAUAUUAGACCUCUAGUCGUCGAGCAACACAUGACUUUAAAUCGCACGGAGGACACAACCUUACAUGAAUAUAUUAUGAAAUGGGUUACUGUUAGUGCAGACCACAUUGUUAUUCUGAUUCUUCUUCUGGCACUAGUGGUAAAAUUUGUAUUUUUUGAAAAUAAGGAAGAGUUGGCGGAACAACUCCGAGCUCACAUAUCAACAGAAAGUGUUGAUCCUGGAAAAAAAGACAAUCGAUUUAAAAUGCCAUUGAUCAAAACCCAAUCAUUCUUCCUGAGUAACAAUACUAAAGAAGGUAACAUAACAAGUAACAAAGAUUUUCUUUUCUUUUCUCACUCGGGUGUUACUCUAGAAUCAGCAUUCGAAGACAAAGAAGUACAAACAGACAUUGGCCGCUUAGAGUCGGAAUUUGAAAAACUAUUAACGGGGAACAACGAGAUGUCUAUGAAAACAUGCAGAAGCCUUGAAGAAUGUUUGAAAAUAUACAACGAUUCGAAUUUGGGCGGAGCGGCAUUGAGUGAUGAUGAAGUUAUUUUACUCGUUAAAAACAAACAGAUACCUGCCUAUCAAAUCGAAAAGGCUGUCGACGAUCCUGAGCGAGGAGUGGGAAUACGAAGAAAAAUUUUGGCUCGUGAGGGAAAUUUUUCCGAGGCUCUUACAGAUCUACCUUUCAGGAAUUACGAUUACGCCAAAGUAAUGGGCGCGUGUUGUGAAAAUGUUAUUGGUUACAUGCCGGUGCCGGUUGGUUACGCGGGGCCCUUGAAUCUGGACGGUCGCCAUGUCUAUGUGCCCAUGGCUACCACUGAGGGAUGUUUGGUGGCAAGCACAAAUAGGGGCUGUCGAGCACUGUUAGAUUGCGGGGUGACUAGCAGGGUUGUCAGUGAUGGCAUGACUCGAGGGCCAGUCGUGCGGUUUCCUUCUAUCACAAAAGCCAGCGAGGCUAUGUCUUGGAUGAAAUGCUCACAGAACUUCGAGGCCAUGAAACAACAAUUCGACUCGAGUAGCAGAUUUGCAAGACUGUCCAAAUUAUUAAUCAAAAUCGCAGGUCGCCACUUGUUUGUCCGAUUCGAAGCAAAGACCGGAGAUGCGAUGGGAAUGAACAUGGUGUCAAAAGGAACAGAAAUGUCGUUAAAAUAUGUCCAGAAACAGUUCCCUGAAAUGGAAAUUCUCAGUCUUAGUGGUAAUUUCUGCACGGACAAGAAGCCAGCAGCUGUGAAUUGGAUCGAAGGUCGAGGGAAAUCUGUCGUAUGCGAGGCGAUAAUCCCGUCAGAGAUUGUUAAAAAAGUAUUAAAAACGAACACACCCGCCCUUGUCGACGUGAAUAACUCGAAAAAUAUGAUAGGGUCGGCUGUCGCAGGCAGUAUAGGUGGUUUUAACGCUCAUGCUGCGAAUAUUGUGACUGCCAUAUACAUAGCGACUGGUCAAGAUCCUGCGCAAAAUAUUGGUAGUAGUAAUUGUAUGACUUUGAUGGAGCCGUGGGGGGAAACUGGGGAAGAUUUGUAUGUUUCUUGUACAAUGCCAUCUAUAGAAAUUGGGACAGUUGGGGGCGGUACUGUUCUCCCUGCACAGUCUUCCUGUUUAGACAUGUUACGGGUUAAGGGAUCACAUCCAGACUGUCCUGGAGAAAACGCAAGUCAACUUGCACGGAUUGUCUGUGGCACGGUUUUAGCCGGAGAACUGUCUCUGAUGGCUGCACUCACAGCUGGUCAUUUAGUCAGAAGUCACCUUAGACAUAAUAGAUCCACAACCACAAUACCUGAAGAAUUUAGUCAGAAUAGGUAUCACAUUCCCCCGUGUAAAGAUAUCUAAUUUAAAGUGAUGCUAGCUUAAGUGUACACACUUUUUCUUUGUACUUAUUUUUAGUUAUUUAAUUGUUGUUUGUAUGAACAUAGAUUUGCACGCCAGGAUGCUCAGGUUGAGUGUAUUUAUUGAUAUUUGAUUUUUCUGUCAUCACCACUUACAAACUGAUGUAAUUAUUGUAAAUACAUAUUUUAUAAGUGAUAUUUUUUAUUAAAAUCAUUUACAUUUU